GAAGGUGGGGGCCAUAGGCAUUGGUGUGGUUUAUAAAGGCAAAGUGAUGCAGAAGAGAAGAGAAGAGAAGAGAAGAGAGUCAACAGUGACAGUUUUUCAGCAGCCAUUGGCAUUUGAAAUUCUAAGUCUUUUUGAGAUGGGUCAUAGUUGGGAACAGUAACACCCACCUACUUGUCAGCAACACUCACUCGCUUACUAAAUUCCCCAAAUCUAGCUACAUACCCUUCCAUAUCACAACCGACCAGUCCCUUUCCCUCUCUCCCUCCAUCCUCCUCCUUCUUCUUCACAUUCCUCAUUCAAUUCCCUCUUUCCUUUUUCCUUCAACCACCCAUUCUUCUCUUCUCUUUCUUUUUUCCACCAAUUCUCCCUCUGCUAAAGGGAACAAACCCCCUACCUAGGCCCCCUUUUCUGUCUCUUCACAACCCACUGCAUUAAUUUCUAUAUCCCUUUUCUAUCAUACGAAGAAGAAAGCUAGUAAAAAAGUUUUAUCUUAACUUAACCCCACCCUCUCUGCCUCUGCUUCCCUUUCUUUUUCACUUUUCAGAUUCUUUUUCUCUCCUCCAAAUUCUGGGCAGAGAAUUUAUAUCCCUGUCUGAGGUUUCAUCGGGAACCCCCUCCCUACGGAUCCUGUCUUUUCUUUAACCCUUUUGCCCUCACUAUUCCUUUAUAGUUCAAACCAUCUCUCCUCCAACCCCACCUUUUCUUCCUACCACCACACCCUUUUUCUCCACCCAAAAAUGGAUGAAUGCAAGAGGAGCGGCCAAAUACCUGCCUUCGGAAACUGGGAUUACGCCAACGAGUUGCCAAUCACCCAGUACUUCGAGACCGCCAGACAGGCUGGUUUAGUUCGUUACAGUUCCUCCUCCGGCGAAAGCGAUCCUUACGUCCGUCCCCAUCGCGAUCUCUACGCCGUCGAUUUUAAGAAACCUCUUCGGAACAUGCCACCCUCCACCGUUAAAAAGGCGACGAGGAGCAAGGAGAGGAGGUGUGCGCAGGUUAUGGUGAUGGUUAACGAUAAGGAAAAAGAGAGUGUGAAGGUGAACAUGAGAAAGCAAGGGAAAGUGUGCGACGUGACGGAACAGGCAAGGAAGCCGGUGAGAAAAGAAAUGCAUCUACACGACGCCGUUCCGCUUUCCCCGCCCCCUCGUCACGUUAGACUCCCGAAACCUGUGGAUGAAGAUCUCUAUAAGAUCCCUCCAGAGCUCCUUCGCACAACUAAGCGCAAGAAAAUGCUGGGUUUCAUUUCCAAGUGUCUGGUUCCUGCGGCUUGCGUUUCAUGAGACUGCAACAUCUGGUUUACUCUGAAGAUAUGUUGGGCUGGUUUUUGCUGCUCCCCGAUGCUAAUAUCACUGUCUAGGGAUAAAAGAAAAAAAAAAAAAACAAGAACAAGAACAAAAGUAUUUUUGUGACGAUGAGAAUGAAUGUAGUAAGUAAAGUAAUUGUGUCUUAGUUUAACGAGUUCAUCUCCUUCUUCAUUUAUUGAUUUAGUCGGUGCCAGCAUUUAUUAUUGUCUUUGAAUUAAAUGAUUAUUUGUUGGUA